AACGUACUGUAGAACGGAUGUGACAUCACGACGUGUUGACGCAGCUUUGGCUGUGGAGGCGACUGUUGUGCUUCCCUGACAGUAGCUAAUAUUCGUAUAAUUCUUUUUUCAAUACUUUUUCUUAUCGCAGUGCGAAUGACAGCGACACAUUUCAUGUAGUGUAAACAAUAGAAUAAUCGAUUCCAUGGAGGUCGUGGACAGCCCGCUUAAUCUCGCUCAUCAGCAGUGCAGGAAGGCAGACCGUUUGCUGGUGGCUGGAAAGUAUGAAGAGGCCAUCUCCUGUCAUGGAAAAGCAGCAGAUCUUUUGACAAAUGCAAUGAAGACAACAGAGUGUAAGCAGGCCUGUCUGUCCAUGGAGCUGCAAAGGGACAGUCAUAUCAAACAGCAGCGACUGAUCCAAGAGCGCUGGAAGAGAGAGGCUCGUCGUGAGGCAACAAAGGCCCGACCUGGCCAGGUGCAGACCUCCGGCAGCCCAGCCCUCCCGACUCAAGCCCAGUCCACAGGCCAGCUCCAGCCCCACGGUUCCCCAGGCCUCUUGGCUGAAGAGGGUGAAGGAAUCAGGGAGAGGGAGUACGACACCUUGCUCUACCAGCUUCAGACUCGGCAGACUGGCGGCUGCCAGCCUUUGACUCCACCAUGCCCUGGAUCUAAGACCACCAAGGACGACAAAACUCGCCUGGAAGAACAACAGACCACAAUCGAUGACCUGCGGCGUUUGGUCGACCAACUAAUGAAUGAAAACCAGCGGCUGGCAGGCGAGAACAAGCGGCUACAAUCGGAAAACGCCCGGCUGCACUCCGAGGCAUGCGAGGCGGCAGACUUUGUGGAGCGCUCGGAGCUCUGGGUGCUCCCUCAAGCAGGUGGCGCUAUGGGAACAGGGGGUGGGCAGGAGAGGAAAAGCACAGGGAAGGGAAAGGAGAUCGCAAUCCCUCAGCUGCCACCGCUGGAGAUGCCAGAGGACAUCCAGAAUGAACUACAGGAGCUACUGGACAGGGACAAACUGUGAUACGAGACAUGUCUCUCUCUCUCACACACACACACACACACACACACACACACACACACACACACACACACACACACACACACACACACACACCAGGGUUCAACCAAUAUGGCUUUUGAGUUUGGAUGCCAAAAAUGUUUGACAUCUGAAACCCACAGGCUCUGUCUGAUCAGACCUCUGCUCAAGUUAAAGGUGGACAGAGCUAUCAUGGAAAUUCUAUGAGCCCCAAACUCUCUGCACUAAUAAGAAUGAUACAGGUGCAGGAAAACUAAUAAUAAUCAGGCAGAUGAAGUGAUAACACCUAUACUACUAAUAUAAUGCAAUCGAAGAUAACGGAAUAGUUCAGCCACAAUGUCAGAUGGUAAACGGUGAGAUUGUAUGUCAGACAGUGAUGGAUGAGAAGAGGGAUGUUGAGGUUAUAUUUGAGUUUUUUUUCUUAAACUACACAGAACAUAUUUUACAUUGUGUCUGGAAAUAGCCAUUAAAUAACUCUGAACAACUUAGGCAGCAUAAUUUCAGUGUUCCCGGAGCUAAAUUAUAGCGCUCUUUAUAAGUCAAUCAUUUACAUAAUAUUUUGUACUUGUCAGCACAGUAAAUAAACAACCUUACAUUGUUUAAUUAUUACAUUGGUGGACUUAUUUAUAAUUUGUGUGUAUGUGAUUUUGCAUUACCUUUUUGACUUCUGCAACAGAACUUGAUUUUUUUCUUUUUUUCUGACUAUUGAAAAGAAAAAAAGAAGAAAAGCAUCAGUGAGGUGUUAAAACACACCAUUGCCUCAAACUUUAUGAAUGAAAACAACAGAAUUUUCCUAUUUCUGUCUAAAAACGAUACUAUGUUUAAAAUCAUUUAACAUAAUUAAUGUCUAGUUUUUGAAUCAAUAUUCUUCCAGUAAUCUGAGAGCUAAUCGUGUAAUCAUGGACUUUUGGCCCCACAGCAAAAUAGUUCUGUUUUUCAGAGCCCCUAAUAUGCUACAUGAGCUGUUUGGAGUUAUUUUCUGGGUUCCCAGCUGCCUCAGUUGUUAGAUAAGUCACACACUGACAUACAAACUCCACAGCUUGCAUGAGGGUGAGUUGAUAAUGGCUAAAUUUAGAAUGUGUGGAUGAACUGCUCCUUUAAGGGCAUCAUUGGAAGUGCUCAGCACCAACUUGACCGCCUAUUAACGGUGUCAGAGGGAGGUAUUGGUCUAACCCAGGGGUGUCAAACUCAUUUUAGUUCAUUGGCCACAUACAGCCUAAUUUGAUCUCAAGUGGGCCAGACCAGUAAACCACUCCAGAAAGAUCAGAAACUGUUGGCAAGUUGCUUCUGCUAUGACAGAAUUCUAAGGCCAUUGUCGGAAGAAAAAAAUGUUUCAGAAACAAGGAAGAGGGGUAAUAUUACGAGAGAAAAAAAAUUGGAAUGUCUGAGAAUAAAGUCGUGAAUUAACGGAAAAAACAACUUGUAUAUUCUCUUAGAUUAAAUUGGUAAAUUUGGAAUUGGAAUUAAUUUCUCCUCUGCAAUUUUCACACUUGCAGAGUCAUCCAGUGGGCCUGAUUGGACCAUUUGGCAGCCCAAUCUGGCCCACGGGCCACAUGUUUGACACCCCUGCCCUACCACACACACAUAUACAUCAGGAUCAUGUGCAGUGUGAUUCAGUCACAGGAAAGCAUAUUGCUGUUGUUGAAGAAAAACUACAUUGCUGCAUAUUUUCCUUUCUUUUAGCAUACUUGAAUUAAAAGCUUCGGUGAUCA